AUGGCUGCCACGAUGAAGGCACAGAAAACGGGACUGUUAGAACUUCGAGUUACCGUGGACCGUUGGAUCCGUGUAUUAGCCACACUUACGGAGGAGACUUUAACCGUGAGCCCCGGAGAGGUCGCCGAAGACAUAGUUAAACCCAACCCAACUCCCGCCGGUGCCAUUAACGGAGACCCAGGCAACCUCAGCUCCUCUCCGGUCCCAGAAACAAUCACCAACGUUAAGCGCACGGUGCGAGUUACCAAGCAAGAUGUGGGAGGACUUGGAAUUAGUAUUAAAGGUGGAAAAGAGAACAAAAUGCCCAUUCUCAUCUCGAAGAUCUUCAAGGGGUUGGCGGCUGACCAGACGGAGGCCCUGUACGUGGGUGACGCCAUCCUGUCGGUCAACGGCGCCGACCUCCGGGACGCCACACACGACGAGGCCGUGCAGGCCCUGAAAAAGACGGGCAAAGAAGUCAUCCUAGAGGUGAAAUACAUCAAGGAGAUGUCGGCCUUUUUUAAGAACACCUCCCCCGGCGCACCCUUACCCUGGGACUCCCCCCCUGCCACAUCACAGAAAGGCGCACACGCCCCUGCCGAGCUGGAGGCCAGGACCAUAUCGCUGAAAAUGUGCCAGGUGACUAGGAAACAGUGCCCCCCGGACACAGAGAACAGGUACUUUGAGGUGAUCUCGUCCAGCAGAAAGAGCUCAGUGUUCCUGAGGGCCAAGGACCCCGUCAUGGCCCAGUCCUGGUACAACGCCAUCCAGGUAGGGGUCUUGGGCCUGGUUCCCCGCGUCAGGGAUGAGUUGAGGGCUAUGCAGGCGGGCCUGGAGGUCAAACACAUGGGCUGGAUCACUGAACAGGCGACCCAGGGUCCAGAGAGACCGGUGCUGGCUCUGCUGACUGAGAGAGACCUGCUGCUAUACCCCACCCUGCCUGACACUAAAGACAGCAUCAACAGCCCAGUCAAGAGCCACCCACUCAUCACAACCAGACUGGUCCACUCGGGUCCGGGGAAGAGCUCUCCCCUGCUGGAUUCGGAGCUCUCCUUUGGGCUGCGCAUGGGCACCAAGCAGGGUGUAGAGACCCACGUGUUCCGGGUGAACUCGGCCAAGGAGCUUUCAACCUGGACCCACAUGCUGGUGGACGGCUGCCACAACGCCGCAGAGCUCAUCCAGGAAGUCACCACAGCCUGCAGCUGGAACGGGAAGGAGUGCAACCUGGGAGUUCACAUCGACGAGGGCUUUUCCCUGUUCACCGAGGAGAUGGGCAUCAGGAAGACGGUGCUCCUCCAGCAGCCCUUCGAGCGCCUGCGCAUGUCCUCCGACGACGGCGUGCGCAUGAUCUUCCUCGACUUCGGAGGGCCCGAGGCGGAGAUUCAACUGGACCUCCACUCCUGUCCCAAGACCAUGGUGUUCAUCAUCCACUCCUUCCUCUCCGCUAAGGUCAAGCGGCUAGGCUUGUUAGCAUGAUAACCUCCCCCACCCUCCCUGAAAAACCACUGAACCACCCAUGCGUAUUUACACGCAGCCAUGACUAACGUUAGGAGGAUGUGACGUCACUGCAGAGGAUAUGAUGUCACCGCUCUGUUUCAAACCUCACCAAACUCUU